AUGGGUGAUGUGUUGCCUGACCCUUCCACUUACAGAAGUCUGGUUGGGAAACUUAACUUCCUCCAACACACUAGGCCUGACAUAUCUUUUGCAGUUCAACAUCUCAGUCAAUUUUUACAACACCCUUGUGUUUUUCAUAUGAAAGCUAGUAUUUAUCUUCUUAGAUACUUGAUGAAUGCUCCUGAACAAGGCAUCUUCUUGCCUUUUACUUUCUCUUACUCGUUACUUGCUUGUGCUGAUUCUGAUUGGGCUGCCUGUCCUUUCUCAAGGAGGUCAGUCACUGGCUAUUAUAUUUUUUUUUGUGAUUGUCUUGUUUCCUGGAAAUGCAAGAAGCAACCUACUAUUGCUUUGUCCUUUGUUGAGGCUGAAUACAGGGCAUUACGCAAGGUUGUUGCUGAAGUAGUAUGGCUCACACACUUAUUUGCUGAUAUGGGUUUGACUAUUACUUCUCCUGGACCUAGUUUUUGUGACGGUCAGGCUGCUUUGCAUAUUGCUAAGAACCCUGUGUUACGAACGCACUAA